AAAACAAAACAAGGCCAUAUUACCCAGCUCUCUGCAUGAAACAGGUUAUCAAAACGUUACAACUCAGGACGAAUCAGCACCAUAAACAUUCGAUUUACGGUCUUUAAACACCAUUUUCCACUAAAUGAAUGAUGGCACUUUGAAUAAAUGCUCAUUGCAGGUAUGAAGUAAGAAAUGUACAAAACCAGCCUGGCAAACAAAGACUCCUCUACUAGGGCCACUAUGAAUAUAACCCUGAGCACUGAAGAGUGGAAUUUUGCCCACCCUAAAAUGUGUCUCUUUGACAUAAGAAUAAUGUUGAGUUGGUUAUUUUUAGGAAAUAGCAGACACAGGAUAAACUCUGAAAAUCCAGGAGAAGUUACCUUUUUGUAAGUGAUGUUCCUGUAUAUAAAUGAUAUCCCCAUUUGUAAGGGUCUCUUCUUGGCUGUACCAGGAAGGGGGCAGGAUGACCAAAUCUCUAGAAAUUCUUAUCAAUGGAGAAGGCAAAGACUUAAAUCUGCAUAGUAGCUUUACCCUUUUCACUGUGCUUUUCUGGUGACUUCCCGUAAUAGAUUCCCCACCCUCAACACCUUAGGUCUUUAGCGCUGAAGAUGGAAUUUGAGGUGAUGGCUUGGGCCAUUUCACAGGGUCACUCAGGAUUCUGCUCUCUCCCAUGGUGUACGGGAGGCAUACAUGUUAUUAAAUGUUUGUUUAAUGUUAUUAAAGUGUUUGUUUUUCUGUGUUUAAUCUUUUUGCUGCAGGGACGUCUCAGCCAAGAACCUAGAAGGGUAGAGGAGAAAUUAUCUUUGUUCCCUGCAGCACCAAUAAUGACACAAAAUAUGUCUAAUCCCCAGAUUCAUAACAAUAGCUAUUCACUUUCAGUGUUUUUAUCCACAGAAUUUUUUAAAAAUAGUUUUUUAACAGGUCACAGUGUAAUUUUAUUUUCCUUUGAAAUAACUAUUUGUUUAGCACUACUUAUUGACCAGUUAAUCGUUUUCUAAUAUGUAAUACCAAUGUUGUAUCAAAUACAUACAUAAUACAUAAAUAUAUGUCUCUUUUUCUGGGCUCUUUAUCUUGUUGCUUUGAUCAUCUGUAUGCUAAUACAGUAGUUUUAAUACCUAUGGCUUCAUUAUAGAAGUUGCUAUCUGGUAGACCAGUCCCUUCAAUCUAAUUCUUCCUCAAAAUGGUCUUGGAUCCUGUAUUUUUUCUACAUAAAUGUGAAAAGUAUUAGAAUGCAACCUCAGCAGAAAUAUACAUCCUUUUUUAAAAAAUGACCAGCAACUCUAAACUGGAAAUACGAAGACAAAUUGAAUAAAGGGGUAACUGCAUACAUUUAACACUAAACUACAAGGUCAUACAAGAUUAGAGGUUAAAAAGUAGUUAUUUAUCAGACCUGAAUGUUAUUACAUGCUUUUUUUUUUUUUUUUUUUGGGAAAGGUAUUUAAGGCUUUUGCGUUUUUAAAAUGUGGAAUUUUCCCUAAAGGGAAGUAUACUCAUUAUCUUAUUUUUCUCGUCAGGACAAGAACUGAAAAAGAGAAAUAGUCUUGACUUUAGAAUGAACAGUUCUUGCUGCGUGUUUUCCCACCUAUGUAGGGAGGUUCUGCAGCUUUCCGAGAAGCAGGCCGGAGCUCCGAGCGGGACAACCACCCGAGCGUGCGUCCUGUUGGGAAGGUCUGAGUCACUGGGCAGACCCGGCCUCCCGGCCUCCCGCAGCUGUCAGCCGGGGCGAGGCCCUCGGUUGGAGGCCGGCCGGCGGGCAGAGCCCCAGGGGUCCAGGUUCCUGAAAUUCCCCAGGCUGCCUCACCGAGUGGCUCCGACACAAUUGCCCCGGGAGCUCCCCCGGGGAGGCAGCAUCGCUCCUCCAGGCCCCAGCCCGCAGCCUUGGGGCCAGGACCCUCCCCUCGCAGUGUCCCUGCCCUAGGUCGGAAACUGACAGCUUAUGAUGGGUGACACACCGCAUGACCGUACAGUACACAGGAUUCGCAGGCGACUACGCAGUCCAGUCCGUAAUCCGUCUUUGACGAGCGUCCAGCAGCUCUCCCGGCCCUGCCCCCAGGGCCGGAGGGCGCGCAGGCCGCGCGACCUUCGCGUGCAGGCGCCACGGCGCAGGCGCAGACGCCAGGGCCACCCCGGAGGGACUCCGCGCGGCCGGGCGUUUCCGCCGGCUUCCGGACGGCAGGACUCCGCAGUCCGGCGCGUGCCCCGCGCCUCCGGAGGGCGACAGGCGCGGAGGGAGAAAGGAAGCCGCAGGGCCCGCCGCAGGGCCCGCCGCAGCGCCCGCCACAGCGCCCGCCACUGGACGGCCUCGCCCGCAGGAGGAGGCCGUCGCGCUGCGCUCUGACGCGGCCCCCGGCGCCCUGUCGCGGCAGUGACGUUAGCGUGCGUCAGCGCGGGCCCCGCCUGGGCGGGGGCUGGGGAGCCUCGUUGACGGGGGGCGCCGCCGGCCGGGCUUGCUGGAGGGCGCCGAGCCGCCGACAGGCUUCCGCGCCUGCUGCGCCGGGCCGCGGUGAGCGCGGCGAUUAACAGAGGGUCCCCUUUGAAGAGUCCACUUUUUCCCUCUGAUUUCUUUCCUCGGCAGAAAUAAACCCCGUUAUGGAGAACCAGAAGCUUUAUAGAGGGAUAUAGCUUGGAUUUUAUGGAGUGUGAUUUUGUGUAUGAAUUAUAAAGUAUCAAGGGUUUUCAUAAGGAAGGCUAGUAGGAUUAAUUACUGGUACAUUGUGUAGAGACAGGUUUAUAAUAUGUUAUCAUACAUGUGUGAUAACACUAGAUAACACUAGAAAGAGUAAGCUGUGUCUUGAUAAGUUGAUUGAUCUUUACAAAAUGAAUGAUGUUAUAGAGACAUGAUUUUUAAGUGAAAGAUAGGUUGUUUGAUUUCUAAAUGCAGUGUUAAAGUUUCUCUUGUGGAAAUUUUAUGAUUAAGUAGUUGAUGGAGAAAAUACCUUCAGUUGACCAAGUGUAGUUGAUAUGCAGAGUGAGGAAGAAACCAAUCGUGAUGCUGCAGGAAAUGGAAACAAGUACAGACAAAGGUGGAAGAGUUAGCAGUUAGCUUUAAGCAAAAUUCAUAUGACAUCAUACAUGCUAAAACAGGCAAGGUUAGGUCUAGAAAGCUGGUGAGUGUUGAUACCCUCACAUAAAUACUGUGGUGAUAACCUAUGUGAAGUUAGCCUUUAGAUAUUGUGACCAUAUGAAGAGUUUAAUUCUUGUUUGCUGGAAUAAAGCCAAGAGUUUUAAAAAUAUAUUGAGGUGCUUGGAAGAGACCUGCAUAUACUUUUUCCCACUUGAAGCAUAAUUGUAAUUGGCUUAAUAAACAGGUUUUAACGGUAUAAUUUAGGUACCUUAUUUAGAAUUUUGGGAACAUCAACCUUCUGAAGAAUCAGGCAGUUUUAACAUAUUUCCAUAAGUGUGCCAAUAUCUUUUCAGGUCUUUAUGUUAAUAUUACACCAAAUAAUGAGCAGUUAGCACUUGUUACAUAAGAGUUAAUCUGAAAUAGUGCUAAGUAGUAUCCUGGUAAUUUAAUAUCCUGGAUUCUAGGUAUUAUCUCACCUCAGUGUAAACUCUGGCAUAAAUCCCAUAAAGAAGGUGUAGUGAGUUUUACAGAAGUAGGAGCCUGUCAUUUGAUUCUUUUAUAUGAUAAAAACUAAUUUUUUGUGAAGGUAGAAGUUUCAUGUGAAGGUUUUUAGCCAUCAAAAAGUAAAAUCACUCAUGCACAAAACUACUUCCCAAAGACUUGUCCCAGGUUCAUAUCAGAGGAUUAAGAGGACAAUGGAGGAUAGCACCAUCUUACGAAACCAGACAAUUGGCAACAAACAAAAAAUAAAAUAUGACUUUUCGUGUGAACUCUAUAGAAUGUCUACAUACUCCACAUUCCCGGCGGGUGUUCCCGUCUCAGAGAGGAGCCUGGCCCGCGCAGGCUUCUAUUACACGGGUGUGAAUGACAAGGUCAAAUGCUUCUGCUGUGGCCUGAUGCUGGACAACUGGAAGCCUGGAGACAAUCCUGUUGAAAAGCAUAAACAGCUCUAUCCAAGCUGUAGUUUUAUUCACAGUCUGGUUUCUCUCACCAGCCGGGAUUCCACCUCUAAGAACAUUUCUGCAAUGAGAAACAGCUUUACACAUUCGAUAUCUCCCACUUUGGAACAUGGCUCAUUUAGUGGUUCUCAUUCCAACCUCGCAGCAAACCCUGUGAGUUCCAGAGCAGGUGAAGACUUCUCCCCACUGAGCACUAACCCCUACAGUUACGCCAUGAGCACCGAGGAAGCCAGAUUUCUUACUUAUCACAUGUGGCCGCUAACCUUUCUGUCCCCGUCAGACUUGGCAAGGGCAGGCUUUUACUAUAUAGGACCUGGAGAUAAGGUGGCCUGCUUUGCCUGCGGUGGGACCCUGAGUAACUGGGAACCAAAGGAUGACGCGAUGUCCGAACACCGGAGACAUUUCCCCAACUGCCCGUUUUUGGAAAAUUCUCUGGAGACCCUGAGAUUUAGCAUUUCAAAUUUGAGCAUGCAGACCCAUGCGGCCCGGUUGAGAACUUUCGUGUACUGGCCAUCUAGUGUGCCCGUGCGGCCUGAGCAGCUCGCAAGUGCUGGAUUCUAUUACGUGGGUCGCAACGAUGAUGUCAAAUGCUUUUGCUGUGACGGUGGACUGCGGUGUUGGGAGUCUGGAGAUGACCCAUGGGUGGAGCACGCCAAGUGGUUUCCCAGGUGUGAGUUCUUGAUACGCAUGAAAGGGCAGGAAUUUGUGGAUGAGAUUCAAGCUCGAUACCCUCACCUUCUUGAGCAGCUUUUGUCAACAUCAGAUACUCCUGGAGAUGAAAAUGCUGAUCCACCAAUUGUCCAUUUUGGACCUGGAGAAAACCAUUCAGAAGACACAGUCAUGAUGAACACCCCAGUGGUGAAGGCCGCCUUGGAGAUGGGCUUCAGUAGGAUCCUGGUGAGGCAGACCGUGCAGAGUAAGAUCCUGAGCACUGGGGAGAACUACAGAACAGUUAAUGAGAUCGUGUUAGCACUUCUUAAUGCUGAAGAUGAGACCCGGGAGGAAGAGAAGGAAAGGCAAACUGAAGAAAUGGCAUCAGAUGAUUUGUCAUUAAUUCGGAGGAAUAGAAUGGCUCUUUUUCAACAGUUGACUUGUGUGCUUCCAAUCCUGGAUAAUCUUUUAAAGGCCAAUGUAAUUAAUAAACAGGAACAUGAUAUCAUUAAACAAAAAACACAGAUACCUUUGCAAGCGAGAGAACUGAUUGAUACUGUCUUAGUUAAAGGAAACUCUGCUGCCAACAUCUUCAAAAGUUGUUUAAAAGAAAUCGACUCUACAUUAUAUAAGAACUUAUUUGUGGACAAGAACAUGAAGUAUAUCCCAACAGAAGAUGUUUCAGGUCUGUCGCUGGAGGAGCAGUUGAGGAGGUUGCAAGAAGAGAGAACGUGUAAAGUGUGCAUGGACAAAGAAGUGUCCAUCGUGUUCAUUCCUUGUGGUCACCUGGUGGUGUGCCAGGAAUGCGCCCCUUCUCUAAGAAAGUGUCCUAUCUGCAGGGGUAUAAUUAAGGGUACUGUUCGUACCUUUCUCUCAUAAAAGUCAGCUAUAUGUUAGCUUCUGUAUAAAAGUCUUUAGGAUAUUGUUGAACCUUUGAAGCCAUCUGAAGUAUAAAAAGUAAUUGGUUCUUUAAUUGUGACAAUUGUGUUGUAUUCUGCUUUGCUAUGAGUGAUCUUGUUUCUAAACCAUAGUAUCCUAUGUCCUAUUUAACCCUUGUUUCUAUGAAAGAGAAGACUGACUUGGGUUUGUCAAGCUGUGUUAGUGUGCGAGUGCCAAUACAGGGGGAGCCCCAGCUCCCUGCAGUGUCACGUCCCAAGUGCCUGGGCUUGGUGGUGUUUCUGGAAGCUUGGAGUAUGACUUGAGAGUGCAGUUGACAAAAGCUGGACACCAGGAACUCUGGGUCACAGUGCCAAAUUCUCUGGGAUAUUUCCACUUGUGUUUUAAAGUAAAGAGUUUUUUCUUACUGGUAAAUAAGCUUUUCUCUAAUUUGUGAGAAACAUCUCAAUAAAGUUCUUUAAAGAGACUGUA